AAUCAAACUAACCAUUGAUGGGAGAAAGUUGCAAUGCAUAAUACUGCACAUGGACAUGGUGAAAGUGGUGCAGGAAACACUAUAGAGCUAAAUAGCUAAAUGGGAAGAGAUGAAAAGGAAAAUGACAAAUUGAAGAGGAAGAAGAAGAAGUGCUUUUUGCUCACGGGUUUGGUAAAUAUCUAUGAUUUAAAUCAUUAAACAAACAAACAAUUUUCUCCCUUUCUCCCUGUCGUUUCCCCAACAUUUUGAUCUAAUUUCAUACAUAUGCUUGUUGGGUUUUGAUUGUCCGAACCAAAGAAAGCAUCAUAACCCAUUUUGGUUAAUUAAUUGGUGUUCUGAAAGUAAACACUAAUUCAUAUCUUCAAAGAUGUCUUCUUCUUCUUACAGUCGUUGUUUACUGCAAAUUCUAAUGUCUAGUUGGUUGCAUAUAACAAUGUUCAUUAUUAUUAUGGCCGUAUGCGGCGGCGGCGGCGGUGGCGGCGCCGUAGUAAGUGGUGCUCCGACAUUGAAUGUUGGCAACAUAUCAAAGGUGUUGGAUUCUUCAUAUUUCCACAUUUACUAUGGCCAGACCUUCAAAGUUAUCAAGAACUCCCUUGAUGGCAUAAGUUAUCUUCUCAUCCAAAACAAUUCCAAAAUGGCAGCAGCAAAGACCAAAUAUUGCACAUCAAGAAUCAAAUCAUUCAUCAUCCCACUUUCUAACUAUUCAAUUGACACUGAUUUCUUCCCAGUUUCUUUCUUCGAGCUUCUUGGAUUACUUGGAAGAUUAAAAGGAAUAACAUCUUCAAGCAUGGUUACUUCAGAAUGUGUUCUUAAGCUGUAUAAUGAAGGACAAAUUGAGAUUAUAAACAAGACUCAGUCUCAACAAAUUAAACAGUUUGCAGCUUAUUUCAUUAGCAAUAAUGAUGAACAAUUCCAAUCUUGUAACUUUGCUACUUUUCUCCCUAAUGGUGAAGACAAUCCUCUCCAGAGAGCAGAGUGGAUUAAGUACUUGGGAUCUUUUGUAAACAUGGAAGUCAGAGCAAAUCAAGUUUAUGAUUCAAUUAAAGAGAAUUACUUAUGCUUAGCAAAGGCUGCUGCAAGUAAGACCACCACCCCAUUCAAACCAACUGUAGCUUGGAUUGAGUAUAGCGAUAAUGGUAUUUGGUCAUUCACCCAAGAUGCAUACAAGUUGAAGUAUGUAGAAGAUGCUGGUGGGGAGAAUAUCGACGAAUCAAUCAACAAAAUUACCUACAAUAUUUCCACCCCCGAUGAUUUGGAGUCUCUCCACGCCAUUUUAUGCACGGUAGAGGUAGUUAUCGAUGAGACAUACACAUCUGAUCCAGCAAAUUACUUGCUUUCGAACUUUCUUCAAAACAUCAAUGUUGAAGAUGAGUCUUGUUUCUCCUUCCUUAAUCAAAGUAUAUGGAGAUACGAUAAACGAAUACAGUCAUAUAGUCUAGACUGGUAUGAUGGAGCAGUUUCACAGCCUCAAGUUGUUCUAGCAGAUCUUAUUGAAGUUCUGUUUCCAUCUGGAAGUUAUGUAACAUCAUAUUUCAGGAAUCUAGCCAAGGGUGAAAACGCGACGAACAUUGAAUUUGCUACGUGUGAUCGAGAUAUCUCAACUCCUAUGGAGCCUAAGAUUGUUCCCUGCAAGUAAGGUACUUGCUAUAUGGGACUUUGUUUAAUUUUUGUGUGUUUAGUGGGGAUGGAAAGAAAAAUGUACUUUUUUUUUAUUUUGCUGAAUCAAACAACUUGGUUAUGUUGAAAUUUAUUACAUAUUUUACAAUCAUAUGAUGAUUCAAAUAAAUCCCAUUGCACUUUCUA